AUGCACGCUUGGAACGAUCUGAUCGAUGCGCCCAUCGAUAAGUUGAUACGUCUGGUUCUUGGAAUCGGCCUUCAAUGGGCUAUUGUACUUGGCAGCUGCGCCGCCGGUGUCCGCCACGCAUGGGCAGAUAAGUCCAUAUUAUGCCUGUUCCUUGGUUCCGUGUCCUGGACAGUCAUUUAUGACACUGUCUACGGCUACCAGGACUACUAUGAAGACAUCAGAGUCGGUGUUAAGAGUACCGCCGUGCUUUUUGGAUCUUGGGGCAAGCCGAUCCUGUGGGUGUUAGGCAUCUGUACUGUGAUGCUGUUCUUGGUUGCGGGUCAUCUAGCCGAGAUGAGCUGGGUCUAUUUUGCGGUGACUGGUGGGGGCUCUUUUGCUUCGCUGAACAUCAUGAUAGCGGCUGUCAAUCUGGAGUCACCAGAGAGUUGCUCGUGGUGGUUCACGUACGGGUUCUGGGGCCCUGCAGUCUCUAUCCUUGCCGGACUGCUUGGCACAUAUGUCCUUGGCUAG